GAUGCCAAUUGCCAAUGCUGUCAAUGCUAAGCCUUUGCUUUAAAAAAAAAGUUACUUUUAAUUUGUAAUGGCGGAUGUAUAGGUUGUGAUUGUUUUUCCAAAGAAUUUAUUUUCCUGAUACUGUUAGUUAAAAAAAUUGCACUUAUUAUUUAUUUAUCGUCUUUGCAUUAGUUUAGUUUUCAAAAAUGUCAGACACAAGUGACUUAGACCGCCAGAUAGAACAGCUGAAGAGAUGCGAAAUAAUAAUGGAAGCCGAGGUUAAGGCGCUCUGUGCGAAAGCUCGUGAAAUUUUAGUUGAAGAAAGUAAUGUACAACGGGUUGACUCUCCUGUGACGGUAUGUGGAGACAUACAUGGCCAAUUCUAUGAUCUGAAAGAGUUAUUCAAAGUAGGUGGUGAUGUUCCUGAGACAAAUUAUUUAUUUAUGGGCGACUUUGUAGACAGAGGAUUCUAUUCUGUAGAAACAUUUUUAUUACUACUAGCAUUGAAGGUUCGCUACCCAGACCGGAUCACAUUAAUUCGCGGCAAUCAUGAGUCUCGACAGAUCACACAAGUGUACGGUUUUUAUGAUGAGUGCCUCAGGAAAUAUGGUUCAAUCACUGUUUGGAGGUAUUGUACAGAGAUAUUCGACUAUUUGUCCCUGUCCGCGAUCAUCGAUGGGCGGAUAUUCUGCGUGCACGGUGGCCUCAGCCCAUCCAUACAAACGCUCGAUCAGAUCCGCACGAUCGACCGAAAGCAGGAAGUGCCUCAUGAUGGACCAAUGUGUGAUUUGCUGUGGAGUGAUCCCGAAGAUACACAAGGAUGGGGUGUAUCGCCCCGCGGCGCGGGCUACCUAUUCGGCUCAGAUGUAGUGGCACAGUUUAACGUGUCGAACGACAUCGACAUGAUAUGUCGAGCGCACCAACUAGUAAUGGAGGGAUACAAAUGGCACUUCAACGAGACUGUCCUUACUGUGUGGUCCGCGCCCAACUAUUGUUACAGAUGCGGCAAUGUAGCAGCAAUAUUAGAACUAAAUGAAAAUCUUCAACGCGAUUUCACGAUAUUCGAAGCGGCCCCGCAGGAGUCCCGCGGUGUGCCCUCCAAGAAGCCGCAGGCCGAUUACUUUUUAUAAUGUUCCAUUUAAUAGACUAUAUUAAGAACCAAUCGACAAGCAUCUAGUAUUACGUUUUCUAUGUAGUGACAAAACAUUUCAAUGUGGAAAUAUUUUUAUGUGAUCCUAAGACUGGUAAGUGUAAUGUGUUGGAAUUUAAUUUUUACAUAAACAUUUGGUGUGUGUUGCUUCACCAUGUAAGGUUUCGUUUGCGGGGAUGCGAAGUUACGUAUGGCAGUUAGUGGGAUUUUUUUAUUGGGUGAUAAUGGAAUAGUAAACUGCUUGUGCCAUCGGUAUACACUGGCUGGUCAACAAUAAGGGAUGAUAGGUGAGGAUGAUAAGGUAGGUCAGCUAGCCCGUGGGGGUCGUUUCUAGGGGGAACUGCGAUAAAGUCGAAAGGGUAUAUUGCUCGCAGUGAGGCUACUAGUUCCCAGUACUAACAAUCCAGGGGGAAGGAAUUAUUAGUAAAACGGACUACCACUCCCAUUACUAGCAUUAUACCCUGUCAGGUCAACCUCCACAUGGGCCUCCCUGGAAAUUAUCGUGCUGAAUUCCUGGUGUAUUCAUCACGAUGGUCUAACUAACCUGCCUUUUCAUCACUGGGUUUACCGUUACCGCAGGCGGAGUUACCAUUUCAUUGUCAUCCAUUAAAAAAAUACUAAUAAAUCUCCCCUAUAAUUAUUUUUCCAAGUGCCAAAAUUUUUGUUACCAAUUUUUUUGUAUUCUACUUAAUGUAAUAAAUGCGAAAGUUUGUUACUCUUUCACAUAAAAACUACUAAACGUGUUUGAAUGAAAUUUGGAACACGCGUAGAUUAUAUACUAACUUAGCAGAACACUUUAUGUACUGAUUUACACGGGCGGAGCUACAAGAUACAGUUAGUAUAAUAAUAAGUGUCAAUCACACCAAUUGCUACUAUGACUAUUUACUUAUUUUUAUUCGGGAUAUUUUUUUGCAUAACUUUUAUAAGGGUACGUGAAUCUGAAGGUUUUUUCGUAUAUCGUCUAACUUGUGCCCGCACGAUACGCCUUGCGAAAUACCGCAUCUCUGCUAACGAGAUCUAAGUAAAGAGGUUGCAAAUAGUGUUCAGAUAUAUAUUCACUUUAUAUAUAUAUAUCGUCAUAGUCGUAGAAUACUGACGGAUCUAUAUAUGUAAUAUUUGUCAGAUCCGUCAGUAUUUUACAACUAUGACGAUAUAUAUAUAUAUAUAUAGUCUUUAGAACGUGUAAAACUGGUUUAAUACGAAAAAAAAUUAAAUGUGUAUCCUUAAUUCUAAACCAUAUUUAUUUCGAUCUAGUCUAGGUCAAAUAAACAAUUGUUCUUUAUGCAGUAUAUAUAGCUAUGACCACUGUCAUUAAAAUUUCUAUUUGAACAUCAUCUGAUUAUAACACCGGUAGGGCUUCAACUAGGCCACU